AUGUUAAUUCGCUCCUCUCCCGAACCCCAGCACAUUGUCAGCCCUUUGCUAGGCAACGUCUGCUUUGCCAGCUCUUACUACCGAUUCUGCUUUACCCUCGAGUCCUUUUCCAAGAUCUACGCCGACACCUUCCCCUCGGUUGACUACAAGAUUCUUGCCAAGAAACUUUGGGGCGACCAGUAUUUUAUCCCGGAAACCCGAACUUUCAAAACAAAACCACCCAGCGUGAACUCCGUCCGCAGUUUCGUGGAAUUCAUUCUGGAGCCCAUUUACAAGAUUUUUGCCCAGACCGUAGGUGACGUAGACACCUGCCUUCCUAGUCUGUGUGCUGAGCUCGGAAUCUAUCUUUCCAAGUCAGAGGCCAAACUGAACGUUCGACCGCUUCUGCGCAUUAUAUUCCGUCGGUUCUUUGGUGACUUCUCAGGUAAAUAUUCCUCACCUUCCUGCAUUUUGAAAGUGCCUUAA